AUGGAGGACGGCCGCGACCGCGGAGCGCGUAGUCGCCGCCCGCCCAGGCCCUUAACUGGUGCAUUUAGUGGCGAGCAAGUCGGACGUGGAGCGGAAGGUCCACCGAAUGGGGCUGCUGCUGAUGCGGCGACCGUGGUUCCUCCUAGUGACCCACAUCCCGACGGCGAGCGGAUGGACUCUGUUCAAGCCUCGGACGGCACCAUUCUUGAUUCGGUGAGGGAUGUAGGGAUGGAUCCUGGUGUAGGCGAUGUGUCCAUGUCAUCUCUACAGAGCGAGCCUCCCUUGCAGCAGGUAGGGGACGGUGGUACCGGUAUCGCGCCGGACAACGAGGAUGAUGAUACCCCAACUGCCCCAAGAUCGCCGCCACGUAUUUUCCAAGAUGCGCGGCCAAUGAUGCCAAGCCCGUCCGCUUGGACGGGUAACACAGUCGAUGAGUUGAGAAAAGCUGCGGGCUCUCAACCCUCGCCGUAUGUUAACGAUGCUAACCUUCGUCUUUACGAGUGCGCGCGAAAGCGGUGCCGUCUUCGAAAGGACGGGUUUCAGCGCAGGAUGACGCCAAUUGAGGUGGAAACUCUUGAGGCUUGGCUUGGAGGCCAUCUACAGCUUGCUGGAGCGCCUCUAUUCCUCAGGGAGACUCAUGUGGCGGCCGAGCGAGAGGCUUUUGCUGUCCACCAGCGCUCUCGCCUUGUGCACAAGCUUUAUGCUCGCCUUCCGGUCGGCCUUUUCCUUCCUGAUCUAGGCGCGCGGGGUAAAUUAUUUAGCCUGAUGCUUGCAGCUGCUGUGACUCCAGCGGCAAAGACUCGUGUCAACUCGCUCAUCAUGGAGCUUUCGCGCGUUGAGUGUUCGAGCCUGUCACCUAUUGUGGCUCUCGUCUUCAACGAUCGCCCUACGCGAAAUUCAUGGGCGAAGGCGGACCUUCGGGUGGGUAAUUGUCGGAUCCAACUUCUCGUAGCUGAUGACCCAGCUACGGUGGACGACAAGAUUGGCUAUACGGACAUUACGACUUCAAUGCUCUAUCAGGUGCAUGUGCUCGGCAAGAGCUCGGCAUUUCCGAGCGAGAUCCGAUCAUGGGUCGCAGCCGCGACGUCGACACCCGUGCUCACUGUCGAGUCGCAUGAGGCCGAUGGUGCCCAUUUCUUCGGCGCGCAUCGCUGGGUCGUCACUUUUGAUUCCAUGGAAUGCCCUAAAGAACUGGACCGGAAGCACAGGAUUUUAGUGACGACCGGCGAUAAGAGUAUCGAGGUGGUACUCAUGCACCCGCGGAAGAGUACUCGCAAGCCGUGCCAGCGGUGUCUCAGCGUUCGACAUUUCCGUAAGGACUGUGCGGCUGUGGAUCCCGAGAGUACAUGUGCAAGCUAUACUCUAUCUGCAACGGCCUCGGUAACAUCCUAUGUGUCAUUGACUCCUCACGCGGAUGGAUGGAUCAAGGCAACUGAAAUUCUACGUCAAAAGGUGGCGCCUGGGCUUGGCGACAAACUUCGCCGAGCUUCCAUGGUGGAGGGGGCACCUAAGCGGCAAAAAACAGUCAUUCACAAGAGAGAAGUGGCAGCGCGAGUGGAGGCUAAGGCUGCGGUGACAGCUGAACUACUUGCUAUUCGUCGUUCAAAGCUGAAAGCGGCUACGAAUCAUUUCGCGACGAUUACGAAGGCUGCUGCUAUGGCUGCGGCUGCUCGUGCGGCAGCGGUUCAACAGUUUGAAGGCUCGUGUCCCGUCGCAAGAACUCUAAAAAGUUGUGAAGUGGCCCCUGCUGCAGUACCAGCUGCUCCUGGAGCAUCUUCUGAAGAAGCGAUGUCCACGGUUGUCAAUGAAAAUGAUAGCGAUGCACGCGACAUGGCCACUGCUGAUUUACCCGCUCUUUUUGUGGUUGGCGAGCACGCUGUGUCGACGGUAUUCGAGGUACCACCUUCGACAGCGGUUGAUGGGCAAGAUCGGACGGAGGUGGACCAUUCUUCUGGUGGUCCAUCACCGUCGUCGCUUGCCGCCACUAUGGAUAUCGAUGAGCUUGAGGCAUCGGUGCCUCCCUCUACCGCCUCUUCGAAUGUCUACAGGACACGUUGUUGCACAGAUGGCCCCGACACGACUGCGAUCAAUUCUCACAUGGCCUCCCCUCUCCCUCCUGGUUUGGAAGCAGUGCUUGCAGCGCAGGACACUGAUUCAAUUUUACCCAUAGACAGUCAGGAUCGUGUCAUGGCUGGUCCGCUGCCGGCCAUUCCACGUUAUGAAUCACCUUCACCGGAUGCCGUGGAAGCGUGGAACGCGGUCGCUGCGGUUCAACGCGAGGCGGAUGAUCAUGCCGCUACGCUUGCGUCCUCUCGUAGGCACAAAGCACGGGUGAUGCCCGCACCGAGGUUGGGCUGCCCACAACCAGUUGCAUCCGGUGUAAUCGUUGAAGUUGCUAAGUUACUGCAGCCGACAUCACCCUGCGUGCGGCUGACGAGUGAGGAGGUUUCAGAGCGCAAUCGCCAAAAAAACAGAACGGCAUCGCUAUCGCGACGUGGAGGCGACGGACAUCGUCGACACCAGUACUACCAGCGAAUGGUGAAAAAUUUUCGAUCUGGAUUGAACAAUAUUUCUCUCAGUUGGUAUCACUGA